GACCAGAGUCCGCGGCCCACCGGGCAUUGCCCAAAUGCCCUAAUGGCCAGUCCGCCCCUGAUUAACUUUAUCGUUGCAUUGUUCACAAUGCGAGUGGCUCCUGUUCCUGUAUUAGCUUUAGGCAUCAGUAACACACAGAAGCCCCUCCAUUAUUCCAGUGUCGCAUUUCUACGUAAGUCCAUCAGAUCGAUUAGCCUUAAUUUUACAAAACACCUGUAACGGUAUGCCAGCACGUAUGGUGCUUUACAGGUACACAAAGAGACCGUCAUCCGAUAUAUGUAUGGAUACAAAGGGUGCGGAGAAUCUGAAAGGCUGUGUUGUCACGGUAAUCGAAGUAUCCUUUAAAGUCUUUGAGAGAGCAAUGCGGGUGUCACCCUCAGACACGUGCGGGAUUUAACUAAGCCGAGCUUGAGUGAGUGAGUGAGCAGCUGCUACUAGGCGGGCUCGAUCCCGCCUCUCGUCACGCUGCGCUCCGCCCUCUCUCCGCGUGCAUAAAAUGUGUGUCAGUAGGCCAGGUUCACGAGCGCGCUCACGUGCGCUCAGCGCGUGCCAAAGCUGUGGCUUGUGCCCCACCGGCGGCCAAUGAGGCGGCGCGAGAGGCCGAAAAACAAAGCGUAAAAGUCCCUCCCACAUCCCCGCGCCGUACAAACAAAAACAUAAGAGGGUUGAUGGGGCUGUCGAGCUUCAGUCAGUUUAAAGCGUGCAGGCGAAAGAGCGGAAACCAGCGAGCUACGAAGAAGAGUAAACGAUGAGAGCUCGCCGUCCGACGUCAACCUGCGGCUUCUGAGCGCUGGGUUAGCCACUCUACUUGGGAAACCGUGACAGAGCUCCUCAUCCCCGGAGAAGGCACGAAGAGACGGGUACCUGGUCACAUUCGGUCGAUCACCGUGGACACGAUGGAAGGCAGUCCCGGCAGCGUCAUUCUGUAUGCUGGCUCUUCAGGAAACUCCAGCCCCAGUCCCAGCAGUCCGUCCAGCGGCUACCAAACCCAGUCUCCCACCUCCCAGCCUCCGUCGCCCGAUGAAGUCACGUUUACCGAGAUCGGGGUCCUGAAGCAGCAGGAUGCCAGCUCCCCCAAGCUGGCCUUCCAGUUCCCUGAAGUGGCCGCCAUCACGCAGGUCCCGCCACGGUAUGCCAACCAGGGGGUCACCUGCAGUCCCAGUCCAGCGAAUGGUGGCAGCAAGCAGACCACCUGCAAGGCCAGCGGAGUGCCAGGCUCCUUCACCAAGGCCGGUGGGAUGGUCCUGCUGUGCAAGGUGUGUGGAGACAUCGCAUCCGGGUUCCACUACGGCGUCCACGCCUGCGAGGGCUGCAAGGGUUUCUUCCGCCGCAGCAUUCAGCAGAACAUCCACUACAAGAUGUGCGUGAAGAACGAGAACUGCCUGAUCAUGAGGAUGAACCGCAAUCGAUGCCAGCACUGCCGCUUCAAGAAGUGUCUGUCAGUCGGGAUGUCCCGCGACGCCGUGCGCUUUGGACGAAUCCCCAAACGAGAGAAGCAGCGCCUCCUGGAUGAAAUGCAGAGCUACAUGAACAGUCUCAAUGAGUCGGCGUCCAUGGAAGUCGAUUCUUCCCCUGAUAUGCCCUUCAGCCCGGGUGACAGCCAGUCAGAUGAGGCCAUCUGCGCCAUUUCCAGGGCCUACAGGGACAUCUUUGUGAGUGGACAGGACCGGCUGGGCAGGAGGGCUAACGUGGCGAGUAACAACAACAACAACAACGGCAGCAGCAGCAGAGCCCUCCCUCAUCAGCAGCAACAACACCCCCUGAAUCCUCCGCCACACCCUGACCUCGGCUGCCACGCCACCUAUCAGCACCCAGCACUGUCCAACCAGGCAUACCCCACCUACCCGCCCCAGUUUGAGGGGGCCGCCCACUGUGCCAUAAGAGAGGAGUCAGCAUUUGGUUAUGUGGACAACAAUCAAUUCGGUGGUGGCGUUGGUCCACCCAUGCAGCUUUACCCGAACAAUUACAACUGCAACUACGCCGAGCCCAUGGCUCCCAGCUCCUGUCCCUGGAGGAUGGCGAGCAGCACAAAAAUACUGGCCUGUCCGCUCAAUGCCGCCCCCUACUGUGACCCGGUGCGCAGCAGCCAACAGGUGUGGGAAGACUUCUCGCAGUGCUUCACGCCAGCUGUUAAGGAGGUAGUGGAGUUCGCCAAGAGUAUCCCAGGCUUCCAGGCGCUGUCCCAGCAGGACCAGGUGAUGCUCCUCAAGGCGGGGACCUUCCAGGUGCUGAUGGUCCGCUUCUCAUCGCUGUUUAAUCCAAAGGAGAAGGCGGUGACAUUCCUGAAUGGGCACACGUACCCCCUGAGCAGCUUGCAGGCCAUGGGCAUGGGACCACUGCUUUUCUCCAUGUUCGAGUUCAGCGAGAAGUUGAGCUCCUUGGCGCUGGACAGCAAUGAGAUGGCCCUCUUCAUGGCAGUGGUGCUGGUGUCAGCAGACCGCUCCGGCAUCACUAAUGUCGAGACAGUUGAGCACCUCCAAGAGACGCUCAUACGCGCCCUGCGGACCCUCAUCACCAAGAAGCACCCCGAGGACUCCACUCUUUUCCCCAAGCUGCUCCUGAGGCUUCCAGACCUGAGGACUCUUAACAAUCAGCACUCAGAAAAACUGCUGGCUUUCCGCAUCGACUAGCCACACAUGGCAUUCUGGGAGGUGCGGUGGUGAAGGGUGGGCACCACAGAACAGUGUGAACUGACGCCCCUUUCCGCAUUUUCUUUUUGUUUUGUUUUGGACAGACCAUCUGGUCAGAUGCCCUGGACUUCCAGCUACACAGCGCCACCUGCUGUUUGACAUGGUCUUCUUUUUUUUUUUUUUUUUGUUACAAGGAUAAGAAAAGUCCGCUUAUCUUGGACACCCCUGUUCUUUUAGUUUUUGGAUCCAAAGUGGCCCUUGAGAAAUCCUUGUGCUGAUUUCCAGCAGACUGGGGAUAAUUUAGGAAGCUGAAGACAUUCUUGCUUCUUGCUUUACAAGGAAAACCUAAUUCCAGGAUCUAAGAAGACAAAAAAAUAAGAAUUAGAGUCAGAAGAACCUGCAGGCGUGUUCAUUCACAGCCUUUGUAUCUCCAGACCUUAGUGGGAUAUAUGGUGUGAAUGUGAAUGUAUGUACCCACGAGUGUUCUCCAGAAGGCCCAUAUCUGAAAGCCCACUGCCUCUUUAUUUGUACUUCUGGGUCACGACUGACCCCAAGGACUUGUCUUGGGUGUUUUCAGGGAGAUGUGGAGUGUAUGCCAGGGCUACCCUGUUGGUCUGGGCAACUAGGUGGCAGUGUGUUAAGGCUAAGUGGCUUUGAUCGUUCGUAGCGUGCCACGCCAGAAGUUUCCCUGAUGAAAUUCCAGAAUGUGCAGGGUGGCGAAACAGCGUGUGGCAAACGGAGGAGUGAAAUGUGCGGGGUCUUCCCUGUAGAUUUAUGUUCGUCCUUUUAUUAUAUCAGGCCACUAAUGUAAAAUGUGCUUAUUUAAGCUUCUCCCCUGAUGAACUUGUUCUCAAAUGAUAAUACAGUAGCUGCUUUCCGGGAGGUUUCUUGUGGUGCAACAGCGACGCCUAGUGGUGAGAAAGUGCCUUUUAUGGUCGAGCUGACGUAUUGAGCGUGGAAAGAAAGCCCUUAAAACUUUGUAAUCUAAUUGGACCAAUCCAAUCGCGGGUGCGUUUAAAGGUGUAUGUGUCUAUAAGAUAUGCGCAAUGUACAACAUAUAUAUAUAUAUAUAUAUAUAGAUAGAGAGAGAGAGAGAGAGAGAGAGAGAGAGAGAGAGAGAGAGAGAGAGGUGCGCAUAUCUGUGUAGAAGUGCGUGUAUGGCGGCGGUUACAUGCAUUGAAAUGUCCCAAUGUACACAUCCGUACAUGUAACUUGCGUUGCGGUGCCUGCCAUAAUCGGAGCUCCGUGCCACACGGUUACCACGCCGGCUGAGUGAAAGCGUUUUGAGUUCGGUUCGCUUUUGAUUUCGUCUCCAUUUGUUGCACCCGCACAAAUUGUAUGGAUGCGCAUACACCAGUAAACGGGUCGAUGAGCUGCCUCGAGGCUCCGCCCACACUGCGCGCGCCCAGCGGCUCUUCCUGGCACGGCCAUCCAAAGGAGGACCUCCAUGGGCUCAGGAGGCGAAUUCCAAACCAAGAAGCCCAUACUUAAAACAUAAACGUGCAAUUACGAGCCCACUGUGACGACCCCCAUGGCCAGAGAGACUCCAAAAGAGUCACCAGUGAAGGUCAGGUGCCUUUAUUGUUCGGCUUGCUGUAGAAUGGAUGUUAAUUCAUUAUACGACCACUGGAGGCACCACUGAGGGUGGUCAAGGCGUUCGAGCAGUUCCCCGUCGUGCAGUCCUUGCGUAAGGGGUCUCAGACUUAACCUUGGGGUCCCCAUGUGCCUGUUUUGUUCCAGGCAUCUUGGACGUCUAAUUAAUUAAGCUGUUAUUGUUCAGUUUCUGUGUUUUGGAGGUCAGUGUGGAAAUUACAAAACCUAUGCAAAGGCACUCUAUAAAUAAAAUAUAUUAUUAUGAUUAAUGUUUUAGUACAUUUUUUAUUAGAAUGUACCAAACAUUUAGUUUAUUUGGGGUGUUUUUUUUAACUUGGAUUUUUAGAUAUUCAUUUUAAUUAGGAUUUUUAUGCUGCUUUUCCAGAAGUUGUUCUUAUUUAUUUCUUUAUUUACUAACGAACACUUUAGUGCAGGUGAUACUUUCGAUUCGGCAUUCAGUGUCAUUUGCUUGGCUGUCUCCCCCGUAUUAUUAUUAUUAUUAUUAUUAUUAUUAUUAU